UAGAUAAAGUUUUGACAUUCAAAAUGCAGUGAAAACAUGGCGGCGCCCAUGACAUGGAAAAGACUUGUGUUCUCUGGGUAUACUCCUGCUCUCUCCUGGGUUUUUACGAGGACAACCUAUCGCUUUUUCAGGACACAUGAGCGGAGGAGAGGGUCCGCUGUGCUGCUCUUGGCCCCUCUCCUGGCAGAGGCGGACUCGGCCCCCCUGGCCUCCUCCAGACCUCCAGGCUUCACCGGUGUCGAGGGCCUCCACUCUCAAUUCCACUGGAUGGCUGAUCAUGUACCUGCUUUCAGGGUCCCUGGGGGCCGCAUACGCAUCCUUCACUCGCCUAAUGAGUUUUAUCAGGCUAUGAAGGCUCGUAUCAAGACAGCCAAGAAUCGUGUGGUGAUGGCAUCACUGUAUCUGGGCACAGGACCACUAGAGCAAGACCUCGUGGAUUGCAUGGAAGAGGCAUUAGAGCACUCCCAGGAAGAUCAUGCACCUGAUCUCAAAGUGUCUUUUCUGCUGGAUUAUACCAGAGGCUCGAGAGGUAAGCACAAUUCCCGCACAAUGUUAAUGUCACUGCUCCAGCGUUUUCCCGAGCAGAUGAGAGUAUCCCUGUACCACACACCUGACCUGCGGGGGCUGCUGCGUCUUCUGGUUCCUGAACGCUUCAAUGAAACCAUAGGGGUUCAGCACAUCAAGGCAUACAUUUUUGACAACAGUCUCAUCAUUAGCGGGGCCAAUUUGAGUGACUCCUACUUCACCAAUCGUCAGGAUCGCUAUGUACUUCUGGAGGACUGCGGGGAGGUGGCUGAUUUCUUUGCUGAACUCGUGGGAGCCGUGGGCGACGUGUCACUGCAGUUGCAGCCUGACAACAGUGUGCACAUGAUGGAGGGAAUGGUGCAUCCCUUCAAAGGUAACAGAGCCGACUUUUCUGUACUGGCACAGAGACGGAUCAAGGAGGUGGUGAACACAGCCCGUGUGAGGCAGAGCAUGCUGGAGGCAGAAUGCUCAGAGGUCCCAGAAUCGGAGGGUAUGGUGCCAAAUGACACCUGGAUCUUUCCACUUGUGCAAAUGAAGCCCCUUGGCAUUCAUCUGGAUGAACAUGUAACCAAACGACUGCUCACAGAGGCAGGUGGAGACUCAGUCGUCUAUCUGACAUCGGGUUAUUUCAACCUGACGCUCACUUACAUGCAGCUGGUGCUAGGUGCGGCAGCAGACUACCAUAUCCUCAUGGCCUCGCCAGAGGUAAAUGGGUUUUUUGGAGCCAAAGGAGUAGCAGGAGCAAUUCCUGAGGCCUACGUUCACCUCGCCCGACAGUUCUACAAUAAGGUGUGUCAGCUGGGUCAGCAGAGUCGUGUGCUCUUGCAUGAAUACCAUCGCCCAGAUUGGACAUUUCAUGCUAAAGGUCUGUGGUACUAUGUGGGAGGAAGAGACCGCCCCUGCCUCACUCUCAUUGGCUCCCCAAAUUUCGGCUAUCGCUCUGUGCACAGGGAUCUGGAGGCUCAGAUUGCCAUAGUAACAGAGAAUGAGGAACUCCAGAUGCAACUGCGACAGGAGCAGGAGAUGUUGUACCAGAGUUCAACGCAAGUGUCAAACUCCACGUUUAAUCAGCCAGACCGCCGUGUAAAGCUGUGGGUGAAACUGGUUACUCCACUCAUCAAGAACUUCUUCUAAAGUUCAGCAGGCCUGAGGUGAUGGAUAUCUCACAGGUUGGUUGCUGACGGUGAAAACUGGGACUACACGUGUGGUUUGUAAAAGAGGCAUUUGCAAAUAUUGCUGGACGCAGAUGGCUAUGAUAAAGAUCUCCAGUGAUGUUAGAAAGCACUCUGUGCGGUUCGAUUCAGUAACAUUCAUUCUGCUUCACACAACCUCAUUGUUAGAGGAGAAUGCAUGCAAAUCCAGUAUACAGUAUUUACUGCCAGUGUGACAGAAACACAUUUGUAAGCAGUGUGGCAGAUCUGAACAUUUGGCCAUCAGUUCGAUGUGCAGUGCACAUGUGUACAUAUUUGAAUUAAUUUAAUUUUUUUUCUGUAAAUAUUGGUUGUUUUUUCACUUUAAUAAGAUGACCCUUACCAUUUCUACUUUA